AUGUUAACUAUAUUAAUAAUCUCAAUUUGACAUCCCUUCUCCUCAAUUGUGGUUUGUGUAAGAUGUGUUCUGCACUUACACCGGAGGAGAUCAGAUUCUCUUCAGUGAAAUUAAACCCUAAUAUUGUCAACCAUCUGUAUAUUUCAAUCGUUUAGCUCUUCUCAUCCGUUUUCUCUCUGUAGUUGAUUCAAGCUGAGAGGGCUUACGAAGAUCACUGUCUGAAAUCAAUAGUUGUACAAUGCUUGGUGGAUUGUACGGAGAUCUCCCACCACCUUCAUCCACAUCUACAGAUGACGAAAGAAUCAACAAUUCGUCCAAUGUGUGGUCCAGCAGCGCCAAAAUGGCUCCCCCGACGCUGCGCAAACCGGCGUCGCUCUUUGCCCCGCCGCAGACCGUUCUGAAGGCCCAGAACAAACCCAAAACCCUAACUUCCGCGCAACCAAAGAUUGUUAGUGCCUCGGUGGCUCUGCCGCCUAUGGUGGUGGCUGACGACAGGGCGAGGAGCCCUUUUUUCCAGCCGGCACUUGUCGGUGUCACGUCGACGGUUAUCGAGGAAUAUGAUCCGGCGAGGCCGAAUGAUUAUGAAGAGUAUAGGAGAGAGAAGAAGAGGAAGGCGAUGGAGGCUGAGAUGAGGAGGGAAUUGGAGAGGAGGCGGCAGGAGGAGGAGGAGAGGGAGAGGGAGAGGAAAGAGAGAGAGACAACGGAGAGAGAAAAAGAGAAGGAUUUUGGGGAUUCGAGGUUAAAUAUUUCUGGCGAAGAAGCAUGGAAGCGGCGGGCGGCAAUGAGUGGGGCAAUGCCGAGGUCGCCUUCUCCGCCGUUGGAUGGGGAUGGUUUCAAUAUAGGAAAGUCAGAGUCGGGUGGAUUGGGCGUCGGUGUGGGCGGGCAGAUGACUGCUGCACAAAGAAUGAUGGCGAAGAUGGGGUGGAAAGAGGGGCAAGGGCUUGGUAAGCAGGAACAGGGGAUCACAACUCCGUUAAUGGCCAAGAAGACUGAUAGACGAGCUGGGGUUAUUGUCAAUGCAAGCGAGUCUAAGCCAGAGAAGAAGGUGAAGAGUGUGAGCUUCAAUGGUCUUCCAACUCGGGUUAUGUUGCUCAGAAAUAUGGUGGGCCCCGGUGAGGUAGAUGACGAACUAGAAGACGAGGUAGGAUCAGAGUGUGCCAAGUAUGGGACAGUAACUCGGGUUCUCAUAUUUGAGAUAACAGAACCAAAUUUCCCAGCUGAAGAGGCAGUUAGAAUCUUCGUACAGUUUGAGAGAUCAGAAGAAACGACCAAAGCACUUGUUGACCUUGAAGGUCGGUUUUUCGGUGGUAGGGUGGUUCAUGCUACUUUCUAUGAUGAGGAGAGGUUCAAUAAGAACGAAUUGGCUCCAAUGCCAGGAGAAAUACCUGGUUUCACUUGAAAAAGUUUCCUCAUUUGAAAUGCUGAUGAAGUAUUGAACUUUAAAGAGAAAUGUGAGAAUUGAUGUAAGUGGUAUUUGAACAUGGAGUAAUAUUUAGUUUCUGAAUUGUUGUUACUUGUUGGUCCAAAUCACGGUAGUAACAUAAACAGAACAAUUUUGUCGAGUGCAUGUUACAAUUAGUUCACUGUGAUCAAGUUGUAACAAUUAGUGCAGUUGUGAUCUAAUUGUGUAUAUCUUUUUCUGUAUUUAA